AUGUCUUUUGGUGCGGCUACAGUUGCAUUCCAUGCGCGACACAUGAACUCGGCCAUCUGGUACGAGAACUGCCCGCGAAUCUGGUUACAACGAAAACUGCUUUUAUUCAUAAGUGAAAAAUUCCUAGACAUUAAGGAUGUAUGCGGAACUCACAUCAGCGAAGUUACUCGACUGACAUCACACUCCGUGCCAGGCCCUGAAUUGGUACUGGCCGACUCUCGUCUGUCGGUGAAUUGUGGAAGAGAUUUCCGACUGUUGUUUCGAAACGGUAAUAAGAUUAGCUUAAAAGCUGCUCCGGAACCCCCUGAACCAGACGCAGUGCCUCCACUGGAACCAGCAGCAGUACCUCCACUGGAACUAGAAGUAGCGCCUCCACUGGAGCCAGCAGCAGUACCCCCACUGGAACUUGUAUCGCUGGAGCCUGAUUUUGGUGGUAUUACUUCGUCUGUUUCCACACAAAAUCCUUCUCCAACCAGAUCAAAGCACUCCAUUCCCAACGGACAAGGAUUUUCUUCGCUGCAGGGUACUGCAAUUGUAAGCAAGAUUUAG